AACUCAGAUUAUCAGUCAGGCUUGGAUAUGCUAUCAGGUACGGCCGGUCAGUUUGCUGGAGCGGUGUUGAACGAACUUGGACGUCGUAGCCAACCACCUCAUGUGCCACAACAUUCACGU